CUCUUUUUCUCUCCUUCGUCUCUCCUUUUCUUUCUUUUUUCUCGUCUUUUAUCGAUUUUUUUAUUGUUGUUUAUGCCUUUUUUUCUUGCUCCUAUAUUUUCUAAUUUUUGUAUGUUGAAGCUUUUCUUCCUGAGUUCUUCAGCUCCUUAGGGUUCAUAUGUGAAGAUUUUAGGAGUUGGGUUUUUGAGAUCUUGUACUGAGAUUGCUUGAUGAGUUGAGUUUUAGUGUUAUAGUGUUUGAGAAUUGUGGAUCUACUGGGUUUGGUUUUCUAACAUGAUCUAAAAUUUUGGACUGCAAAUGGGGAGUCAUGAGACCUUUCUGAGCUGAUUUUGAACCCACUAAGUUCAGAGAGAUAGAGAGGAAUUGCAGAAGAAUUCAUGCCUGAAAAAUUAAUUUUUAUCAAAUGGUGGAGGUUAAAUCAAAUUAUGGCGACUUAUAAUUUAUGGGUAGUUAUUGGUAUGAUUCAAAGUGAAUUGGUUGGUGACUUUGGCUCCCAUAAUUGCUUGCUAAGCAUUGGGCCCUUAGUUGGGUCAUCUGUUCAUCAAGUUUAGAAGGAGAUGUGGAAGAUGGAGAGUUGGUUUCGUGGUUAUGGACUACACUUGUGGUCUCCUCUAGAUUGUUAAAUAACUCAGACAUGGGCUUUACUAGGAGAAGCAGUUUCGUUUGGUAUAAUUUGUACAUCGCCGGUUUGCUUUUGUUGAUAUGAUGUGCUUUAGUCACCUGGGAAAUAAACAAGAACUAUUUAAUUCGAGAUAAAAAUUUGUUUUAUCUGAUGUUUAAAUGGAGGAAUGCUGGGAAAUUAAAGUUCGAAGUUUGAAGACUAGAAAGAUGAAUUGAAGAGAUAUAAGUGGUUUUGGUUUAUAAUGGUAGGAUGGUAGGAAUAGUUUUUCCAAAGAGGCAGCAUGAUUAUGAACAAGGUUUUUUGAAUUAAAAAAAAAAAAAAAAAUACUAACAAGAUUUCAGGUCAGGGCCAUAUCACAAGGAGGAUUUCUUCCUAGAGUUGGAAUGCUGGGUAGGAUUUUUUGCGGUGCUGCGCUAUGCGUUCUAAUUAUCUUCUGAUUGCUAAGGGUCCCUAAUUCCACUAUGAGGAGUUUUGGAUGGCACAUAUUUGUUUUAAUCAUAAACUUGUUGGCUUCUUGUAUUACUGUUCUCAAUAUAGGUAUCAGAUUUUAGGUUAGAUUUCUUAUGUGAAACUGAAAUGAGACCAUUCCAGUAUUUCAUGGUAGAGGUUCUAGUCUUGUAACAUUAAUGUUUGCAUUGUAGGGUCAUUCAUUGAGAAAGGAACUUUUUGAGUAAUGUUCAUAUAUUGCAUCAGUAAGAUGUAUAACUGCGAAAAUUAUCACUUUCUGUUUAUUUGUUAACUUUCAAUUAUACUUGUUCACCCAUAAACCUAAGCUUGUUUAUUUAUUUAUUAUUAUUUUUUUCACCUGAGGUUUAUAAAAAAAAAUUAGAAUGACAUGUAAAAAGUCCGGUGAUCUUUUAAUGUGCUCAGAGUACAAAUGUGGCUUUGCUUGAAGAAGAAUCUAUUGUGUCUCCAUGCGAUUCAUUCUUUUACUUCAGUGAUGCUCAACCCAUUUGGUGGUUCAUGUUUUGAACGAUUUUUGCUGCUUUACUAGGUCAUAAAUUGGAGAAGAUAUUAUUCCUACAUCAUCAUGGUUCGGGAAAAAGACGUCUGUUGGGAGUACUGUGAGAAGUUAGAAGGAAAUAAGGUGCGAUGUAAAUUUUGUCAAAAAGUUCUGAAUGGGGGUAUUAGUAGAUUGAAACAUCAUCUUUCUCGACUGCCUAGUAAAGGUGUUCAUCCAUGUAGCAAAGUAAGGGAUGAAGUAACUGAUAGGGUAAGGACUAUUAUAGCACUGAAGGAGGAGGGGAAAGAAGCUGCUAGCGCUAAAAAGCAACGGCUUGCAGAAACUAAACCUCCUGUAAACAUGCCUGCAAGUAAAGCUCUCACAUCUAUGGAAGCAAUGCCACCAAUCACAAAAUUAUUUCCUUCUGGUAUACAGAUGGCCCCAUCACCUUCAUUUGACAAGGAAAAUGCCGACAGGAGUAUUGCUUUGUUCUUUUUUGAGAAUAAACUGGACUUCAGUGUUGCUCGUUCUUCUUCCUAUCAAUUAAUGAUGGAUGCAGUAGCAAAAGCUGGUCAUGGCUUUCGAGGCCCAUCUUCAGAAACCCUGAAGACCACAUGGUUAGAAAGAAUCAAAACUGAAGUGAGCCAACAAUCAAAGGAAAUUGAGAAAGAGUGGGCCACCACUGGUUGUACGAUCAUUGCAGAUACAUGGACAGACAAUAAGUCAAGAGCUCUGAUAAACUUCUUAGUGUCGUCGCCGUCUGGAACCUUCUUCCACAAAUCUGUUGACGUCUCCACCUAUUUCAAGAACACAAAAUGGCUUGCUGAUUUAUUUGAUUCGGUCAUUCAAGAUUUUGGCCCAGAAAAUGUUGUUCAAAUAAUCAUGGAUAAUGCUCUGAACUAUGCUGGUGUUGGGAGUCAAAUCCUGCAGAACUAUAGCACCAUUUUCUGGUCUCCUUGUGCUUCUCAUUGUCUGAAUUUGAUCUUGGAAGACUUUUCUAAGAUUGAUUGGGUUAAUCGAUGUAUCCUGCAAGCCCAAACUAUUUCUAGGUUCGUAUACAAUCACACAUGGGUGCUUGAUCUGAUGAAAAAAUUCACUGGGGGGCAAGAACUUGUUCGGACCGGUAUCACAAAGUCUGUGUCCAAUUUUCUCUCCUUGCAGUCCAUGUUGAAGCAGAGGUCGAGACUGAAGCAUAUGUUCAAUAGUCCAGAUUAUUCAACUAAUCCUGCUUAUUUUAAUAAACCACAGAGCAUAUCUUGUAUAGAAAUUCUUGAGGAUAAUGACUUCUGGAGAGCAGUUGAAGAGUGUGUAGCUGUUUCAGAGCCUUUGCUGAAAGUGUUGAGAGAGGUUUCUGGUGGAAAACCUGCUGUGGGGUCCAUAUAUGAGUUUAUGACCAAGGCCAAGGAAUCUAUUAGGACGUAUUAUAUUAUGGAUGAGAAUAAAUGCAAGACAUUUUUAGACAUAGUGGAUAGAAGGUGGCAAAACCAGCUCCAUUCACCACUACAUGCAGCAGCAGCAUUUCUGAAUCCUAGUAUUCAAUACAAUCCUGAAGUCAAAUUUCUUGGCAUGAUCAAGAAAGAUUUCCUUGAUGUUUUGGAGAAACUUCUACCGACACCCGAAUUGAGGCAUGAUAUGACUGGACAAAUUUUUGCAUUUAAAAAGGCACAGGGGUUGUUUGGCUGUAGCCUAGCAAGAGAGGCACGCAACACAAUAUCACCUGGACUCUGGUGGGAACAGUAUGGUGAUUCUGCCCCUGGACUGCAACGGGUUGCGGUUAGAAUUCUCAGUCAGGUUUGCAGUGCUUCCACUUUUGAGAGAAAUUGGAGCACAUUUCAGCAGAUCCACUCUGAGAAGCGGAAUAGGCUUGAUAAAGAGACUUUGAAUGACCUUCUUUACAUAAAUUACAACCUCAAGCUAGAAAGCCGGAUUAAAGGGAGGCCCAUAGAGACUGACCCUGUUCUAGUUGAUGACAUAGACAUGACUUCAGACUGGGUAGAAGAGACGGAAAACCCAAGUCCAACUCAGUGGCUUGAUCGGUUUGGUUCUGCUUUGGAUGGUGGUGACUUGAAUACAAGACAGUUUGGCAAUGCCAUAUUUGGUGCAAAUGACCACAUCUUUGAUGACAGUAACACAGAGAGGCUGAGUUCCCUUCUUAAACCUGUUUUCACAUUUUAGUGUUGCUGUUGGAUCGUACUCUUCCACUCACAUUUGUCGGAACAGAACAAGGUUUCUUUUGUUAUAAUCUGGAGCUCACUCCUAUUUCCCAUACUAAGGUUGACCUCAUCUCUUUUAACGGCAGUAACAAGAAUAUUGAUCCAGAAAACCAACUGUGUUGAUCAUACAUACCUGGAUUGCAUUCGAUCCAGUUGCAUGCUUCAUAAAUCACCAUGUUUUGUAUUUAUGAAACUAGAAGUAUCCUAAUUUGGUAACCCAACCACAAUUGCCUAGAUACUAGGUAAUUGGCCAUGGUGAACGUUGGUGACGUUAACUUCUCAACUAUCAAAGAGGAAGCACAAGAAAGACUACUUGGUUUUUCACUUGUAAUAUACAGUGAAUCAGUGUUGCUACAUGUAGAUCCUAUAUUCUCAAUACUACUAACUUGUAGCUAAUCUGUGAUUGCAGCUUAGAAGGCUAAUCAGUUGUAACUUAUGUCAUGUAUUGUUAGAAUUAACAUUGUAAACACAAUGAAGUGCAGUUUCCAAUUUGAACAAUGUGUACAGGUAAUAUGAUCUGGAAUAUGUACCAGAGUUUGUUGGAAAAGUUUUCUAGGUAGAAGAUGUCUUAUGCGUAACAGAUGUGGUAUCCUCCAUUCAGUGCAAUGCACCCUAAGUGUUUGGAUGAUUUGUAAUUUGAUUAUUACUCUUUCCAGAAUCUGUUGAUGAUAUAUAGAGCAUCCUUUUGUGCUUUUUGAUGCAGGUAA